AUGUCCGACAACGAUCUGAAGCAAGCAAUUCUCCGGCUGACGGAACUGAUCGCCAACCAGCAGCAGCAGAUUAGAGACCUUCAACAGGUCAACGCCAAUCAAGUUGGAAGCGAGAAGAUCAUCGAGUCACUUUCCACCGGAAUUGACGAGUUUCGUUAUGAUCCAGACGGAGGACUAUUUUUCGAAUCGUGGUACGCUCGAUACGAUGACGUAUUCAAGGAGGACGGGAAGCACCUGGACGAUAAAGCUAAGGUCAGGCUGCUUCUGAGGAAAAUCGGCACUCAAUUCCACGAACGCUACGUGAACAGCGUUUUGCCGAAUCAUCCACGGGAUUUGGUGUUCAAAGAAACCGUCAAGAAGCUUAAGAAGCUCUUGGGACGCCAAAAGUCACUCUUCAUCGGACGUUAUCAGUGUUUGCAGUACAUCAAAAACGAUGCUGAUGAUUUUUCGUCGUACAAGCACUGUGAAGCGUUCCAGAUCGAGAAGCUCUCCAGUGACCAAUUCAAGACGAUCAGGUUCGUAUGCGGUCUCCAGUCACCGUGCGAUUCUGACAUCCGGACCAGGCUGAUUGGAAAGCUGGAAGCAGAAGAAACUGCAUCGCCGGCUGAUGGCGCAACGCUGAAGCUUGAAAACCUGGUUGAGGAGUGCAACCGCAUUAUCAACCGCAAGCAGGAUACGAAGAUGAUCGAGAAAGGUUGCAAAGAUAGAUCUAUCGUUGAUGCAAUAUCUCGACAUUCAACAAGUAGGAAGGAGAAAUUACCAAAAACGCCUUGCUGGUUCUGUGGGGAUUUACAGUAUGUGAAGGAGUGUCCCUACCAGUCCCAUACCUGUGUGAACUGCAAGCGGAAGGGCCACAAGGAAGGUUACUGCUCAUCAUCCGAAAAGACGUCAGCAAAGAAGCGAAUCAACCUAACGAAGAACCGGAAGUAUGCCAAGAUCGAAAUCAACGGCUCAACAGCGAUAUUGCAGCUCGAUUGUGCUUCCGACAUCACCAUUAUUUCCAAGCAGACUUGGAUUGCCGUGGGUAAGCCUGUCAUCAAUUCUACGGAAGUCAUCCCCGGGAGUGCAUCAGGUGACAGCAUCGAUAUCCUGGGUGAGUUCAACGCCGAAAUCACCGUUCAAGACGUAAGAAAGGAAGGCCGCAUUUUCGUCACAACAAACCCGGAUCUCAACGUUCUCGGUAUCGAAACAAUCGAUCAGUUCGAUCUCUGGUCGGUUCCAUUCAACUCGCUAGUGAACACCAUACAGCACAACUCAAACGAAACCAUGCAAUCCCUGCAACUCAAGUUUCCUGAAGUGUUCCAGACCUCGCUCGGAUGCUGCACAGGUAACGCUCUACUCGAAGCUAAAUUCUCGUCCUGCGUCGAGUACAAUCGAUUGCCACCAGGAGUCAAAUCUGCGCCUGGAGCGUUCCAGAGGCCGUUCAUUGACAGUAUGGUUGCUGGCAUUCCAGGUGGCAAGCCAUACCUGGACGACAUCUUGAUCGCUGGAAAAAUUCAACAGGAUCAUGAUCGCAGCCUGAACGCUGUGAUUCACCGGAUCCAUCCUGCUAAACCCAACGCUAUCUCCGAGAUGCCACCACCGAUGAAUGUAUCGCAACUACGUUCGUACCUUGGUGCGAUCAACUAUUACGGACGAUUCGUUGGCCAGAUGAAGGAACUUCGAGCGCCGCUUGACCGUCUACUAAAGAAGGAUGCUCCUUGGAAAAGAACCACGGACUGCCAAAAGUCGUUUGACCGUUUCAAAACUCAUUUCGACCCCAACAAGAAAAUCAUCGUCGCUGGAGACGCUUCCAGGAAUGGUUUGGGCACUGUAAUCCUACAUCGCUUCUCCAACGGCUCCGUCAAAGCCGGAGCUCAACAAGAACGGCAUUCCCGUUUACACCGCCAAUCGUCUUCAGCGUUGGGCGCUAACGAUGCUGCUGUAUCCGACAUCCAGUUCAUCUCAGCGGCUAGUUUUGAACAUGGCGACGGGUUGUCCCGCUUGAUGAGCUGUCACAGCAAACCAGACGAGGAAUACGUGAAUGCUGCUCUCCAAACGGAAUCUGACGUGAAGGCAAUUCUCGCAUACUCAACAUCCAACUUGCCGGUCACAUCCGAUAUGAUCUCCAAGGGAACGCAAGACGACCUGGUCCUACCAGAGGUAAUCAACUACAUCCGCAAUGGCUGGCCAAACACUAGCAUCAGCUGGACCAUCACACAGCAUCCGGACGCUUUGGUCGCUCGGACCGACGGACGGAUGGACGAAACUUUGCUUGAUAAAUAG